CGGCACCAGUUUAUAUACCAUCCUGACUUCACACACCAGAUGCCCGAUCCAGACCGCAAUUCGCCGACUCUGUAUGCAAUGUCCCACCUGCAAGGCCUGGCGGCACUUCAAAUGCACGGGUUUAAAGGACGACCAGCGAAGCUGACACAAUCGAUCCUUAGCAGUAUCCUCAUCAAGCCUGAUCGAUCGCUCCACGCAAAAUGGUUACGCCAGAAGGAAAGCAAGCGAACUCUUGGGCUUCUAGUCACCCUUUCCACCCCAUCUGCCUUACAAGAGUUCUUGGAGCGGGAUGUCAGCAUUCAAAAUGCCAACCCAGUGAUCGGGCGUCUAUCUGAGGAUCGCCCUCCUGACGCGCGACAGCUUGGUCACAGCAGAUCAGGGGUAGAGGCACGAAACAGACUUCCGCUUGACAACAGUUCAGCCGACCCCAAACUCAUAGCCACGCCGAUUGUGGUCAUAGCCCCUUGUGCUCCCGAAAGCAGGCUGACGCAACCGGCCGCGUCUCCGGACAGAAGUUUUUAUUCCCCUACCACAGGCCCCUCGUCCACCAAAGGCAGUGAUGCUCUGGAGGAGGCAAACCUCACAUGCAAGCAGCGCCCAAAAUACGUGGAGCUAUCAAGGCUUAUCUCCGUGACAGACGACACAGGUGCAGCCAUGUACUCCUCACCAAAGUCACAGCCUCUAAACUGCACUGAGUCAGAUGUGCGGGGACAAGCGGCGAAGCCAAUCUCCAGCUCCAAUCCACAAGCCUCUCGGCUUGUGGACACAAUCAUCGCCCAGAACUCCGACAACCAAAGCUAUAAACAUGACUACAGCCAACCGGAAAAUCUCACGUACAUCCAACUCUUUCACCAGCGGCCACUUCGCUGCAUGUUUACCCAUUCAAUCUUAAACCUUUUAGGAGGCGCUCGCGGCAUGCAAGAUCUUUCAAUCGUACUGAUAUCCGAAGAUGGACUUUUGGGUGAUCUCUCUAAGUGCGUUGUCCUGAAGUUGCCACAUCCGAGGUCGAGUCAACUAGUUCUGUUUUUGUGGAAUCGAAAGUUGCAGUUACUAUACGAGCUCCAGUACGUGGCAGAGAAUUAUCGUUCCUGGUUUCUGGGUUCUACAAUAAAGUCAGAAGGUGGUCUUUACUUAUGCACUCCUUUCGAUCCAAUAUUUCUUCUGUUGUCCGCCUUCAAAGACACUACUAAGUAUACCGCACUCAAUGCACUGUUGGUGGAAAAUGGCGAUUUGUCCACUGUUCUAACAGAGCUCCCGAAUUUCGAAUCACGUUUGUUGUGCAUUUGCGAUACAACAGUUGUUGGUAGUCAAACCCUUUACCGGUACAGCAAAGAACGUGUCCUGGAAUGGCUAUCGUGUAAAGUGAACACGUUGGCAGACAGUCUAUCGCGCCUGGACGAUGCAUCGGCUAUCCAACAAAUCAAAUUGACUACGAAUGUUACCAGUUCCACGGGCAGUGUGGACGCGAAAGCACCCGACUUUGCUCUAGAUUCUACGGAAGCCAAGUUGGUGUCGGACACGAAGCUCUCUCCUAAAGUGUGCCAAAAUUUCGCAUAUCAACUAGUUGCGGACUACCUCGUGCCUGAUUUAGCUGCAGACUUGAGCAGUGUGCUUGGACUUAAAUCCUCUUGCCUUGCUACGCUGGAAAAUGUCGAUCCCCAAGCCAGUGAAGUCGAGAGUGUCGGCAAUUGUGUAUCCACUGUAGCGCGACCUACUGAAGAUUACUCAACUUCAAUGAAGAAACCGGCUGCGGUUAGUAAAGCUAUCGAACCAUUAGCUACAAAGAAGCUGAAGCUGGCGAGCAAAGGCACAAAACCAAUCAUGAGCUUCUUCACGAAACAGUCCAAUUGAUCUCAGACUUCAACAGAUUAUAGAAACCGUUG